UCUUUUCUUUUUUUUAUCAUCAAUGCACUUUUUAAAAAUAUAUAAAGCUCAUGAAAACGAGAGAAAAGUAGUACACAACUAACGUACACACCUCUGUAUACUAAUUCAAAUCAGCAGUACAUAACUAACGUACUAAUUCAAAUCAACAGUACACAACUAACGUACUAAUUCAAAUCAGCAGUACACAACUAACGUACACACCUCUGUAUACUAAUUCAAAUCAGCAGUACACAACUAACGUACUAAUUCAAAUCAGCAGUACACAACUAACGUACUAAUUCAAAUCAGCAGUACACAACUAACGUACACACCUCUGUAUACUAAUUCAAAUCAGCAGUACACAACUAACGUACACACCUCUGUAUACUAAUUCAAAUCAGCAGUACACAACUAACGUACACACCUCUGUAUACUAAUUCAAAUCAGUAGUACACAACUAACGUACACACCUCUGUAUACUAAUUCAAAUCAGCAGUACACAACUAACGUACACACCUCUGUAUACUAAUUCAAAUCAGCAGUACACAACUAACGUACACACCUCUGUAUACUAAUUCAAAUCAGCAGUACACAACUAACGUACACACCUCUGUAUACUAAUUCAAAUCAGUAAUACACAACUAACGUACACACCUCUGUAUACUAAUUCAAAUCAGCAGUACACAACUAACGUACACACCUCUGUAUACUAAUUCAAAUCAGCAGUACACAACUAACGUACUAAUUCAAAUCAACAGUACACAACUAACGUACUAAUUCAAAUCAACAGUACACAACUAACGUACACACCUCUGUAUACUAAUUCAAUUCAGCAGUACACAACUAACGUGCACACCUCUGUAUUCUAAUUCAAAUCAACAGCACACAACUAACGUACUAAUUCAAAUCAGCAGUACACAACUAACGUACACACCUCUGUAUACUAAUUCAAAUCAGCAGUACACAACUAACGUACUAAUUCAAAUCAACAGUACACAACUAACGUACUAAUUCAAAUCAACAGUACACAACUAACGUACAUACCUCUGUAUACUAAUUCAAAUCAACAGUACACAACUAACGUACUAAUUCAAAUCAACAGUACACAACUAACGUACUAAUUCAAAUCAACAGUACACAACUAACGUACACACCUCUGUAUACUAAUUCAAAUCAGCAGUACAUAACUAACGUACACACCUCUGUAUACUAAUUCAAAUCAGCAGUACAUAACUAACGUACUAAUUCAAAUCAACAGUACACAACUAACGUACACACCUCUGUAUACUAAUUCAAAUCAGUAGUACACAACUAACGUACACACCUCUGUAUACUAAUUCAAAUCAGCAGUACACAACUAACGUACUAAUUAAAAUCAACAGUACACAACUAACGUACACACCUCUGUAUACUAAUUAAAAUCAACAGUACAUAACUAACGUACUAAUUCAAAUCAACAGUACACAACUAACGUACACACCUCUGUAUACUAAUUCAAAUCAGCAGUACACAACUAACGUACUAAUUCAAAUCAACAGUACACAACUAACGUACACACCUCUGUAUACUAAUUCAAAUCAGCAUUUUUCUGAUGUGAUACAUUGCCAAUGUAUUUGUUAUCCAUGGACAAUUCAGUGAAUUGACUGUUAAGAGCAAUGAUCAAAACAGACUUUUCCUUAAAGAUUAAUUUCUUGAACAAUUAAAAUGAAACGUAUUUCAUCUUAAUUUAACCUCACUUCACGAUAUUAUGGAAUGAAGUUGUAAUUCUUCUAUUUGUCUCUGAUAUCUAAAACUUCUGCCUUCUUCUAAAACUUCUGGCAACUGCAGAUCACGGCAUGAAUGAGUCAUAAAAUGGGUCAUAGUAAUAUCGGCUACUCUACCGUGACGUUGACGUCAAAAGUAAAUAUUUUGCACUGUCUAGCUAACUAUAGUGCGCCGCUCCUUAGAGUAAAGAAUGCUGGCCAUUUCGCAACAAACAAAUUUUGACCAAUCACAUUGAUACACGAGGGAUUUCAUCAGCAAAAACGCAAUGGAGAAUGCUUGUUUAUUCAGUUUGACUUGGGAUACACUCGGGAUCGAAUGUAGCAGCAAUGGUCAUCCUCUUUAUGUUGUCUUUGGCAAUCGUGGCUGUCGCCGACGGAAAAGGCGUAUACUGUGAAGCUGGUCAAAACGAGUACUACGUCAAACAGUGGGGGCAGUGCAAGUCAUGUGACAGAUGUCCAAGAGAAUACGGACUGGAUUCGAAGAGCAGUGUUAAUAUGGACCCAGUUUACGGAGCUCUCGACUGCAGAAGAUGUUUGAAAUGUGUCGCCGGUAAAACCUUUAAAACAAAGAUUGGCUACGGCGAAUGUCGGAAGUGCACGAAUUGUACUGCAGAGGGAAAAGAUGUAGCCUCACAAUGUACAACAGGCUCGGACGCAGUGUGCACCAAGUUUGUCAGACAGGAGCGUAUUGCCGUUCAGUCAGAUCAGAGUGUACAGGAUUCAUCUGACACUGGUGUCGACAAAAGUGUACAACACAACAAUGUACAACACAACAAAGAAGGUUUCAAUCUAAUAUCACUAGCAGUUGGGAUUGUGGUGCUUGUAGUCUUGGUUCCUUUAUCGGUAGUGAUGAUAGUUAAGAACAAGGAAAAGUUAUACUGCUGGAAAGGGGAUCCCUCUACACCUAAUGAUGUUGAAGAGCAUAUUAGUUUGAAAAGAAAAGACUCCGAUGACGCCCCUGCUACCCUUGAAACUGAGAUAGAAUCCGUCCCUCUGAAGACCAUUGAUCCCAGCAUAGAACACAUCCAAGUUUCUAUGCGACCACAUUCGGUUGUAUCCGAAGAUAUGCCACCACUAGCUAGCAACUUCCGGUAUUCUUUGAAGAGUAACCUCAAUCUGAGAGCGGACGACGUUGAAAUGGACGCGGGACUAAUAACCGAUCGACAAUUCUAUGAAGUUCCCACGGACAAAGAACUUCAAAGAAUAUGUUCUGAUAUUGCCCACGAUAACCAUUACGCUCGACUAGGUCGAGAGUUAGGGGUCAAGGACAGCGAAAUACAAAGAAUUAAAGAGGAACAGAAAGGUGAUCUCCGCGAAGUAGCAUUCCAAACUCUGAAGAAAUGGCGGGAAAUGAAUGGGAACUCGGCCACGAAAUUAACCCUGCAACAGGCGUUAAAAAAUGUUCAACUUAGUAGUGUAUGCGCGUCUUUGAAAGAUGACCCCUGAUUUGUUGUGACUGCUGCUUUGGUGAGAUAUUACCUAUCCCAGGUUAUAUAAAGGUGUUGAGUCAUUCAACUGGAAAGUCGAAUGGAAAGACCGAUAACGAUAAAUUAGAGGUUCGAGCGCACAGAUCGGAUGACUGCAUUUUAAGUCCUUUUAAUAAUGCAUUUUGAAGGGGAAGUUCAUGGUUACUAACUUCUAACAGGGAUAUGAAAUUUCGAUUAAUUUCAAUGUUUAUAAAUAUUAUUAUUCAAUAUAUAUAUUAUAUAUAUGCAUUAUUCAAAUUUGCCAUAGAGGUUUGCAUAUGUACAGUGGUUACAGACAUGCAGCCUAUUGUUAGUUUUAGUUGUUGCUGGUUGUCACCGUACACAUUGAAUCACCUGUAUAUACUGUAAUUGUUUGGACUCAAAAUAAAUAUUUUAAAACCGCAAA